UCCUCAUUAAUGUCCUUCAUAAACCGUCGUCGGUGCGUGCAGAGCGCCGGUCUGACUGUCACCCACGCGGCGGCUGACAGCAGUCACACCGCGUGGCAGAAACGUCAGGGGUCUCGUCUGACUGAAGCCUGAAGUUCCGCAUGAAGGAAUGACUGAAAAGACAAAAACCCAUGUUGUCAACAGUCGACUUUUAUUUUGAAAAGCCUUAAAUCUUCAAAGACCAGAUGAAAAUUGUGUUUUUGGAGUUUUAACGUGUUCUCGUGGCAUUUUUCUGAUGAUGGAGGGAUAUAUGUGAAGGAAAUGAAGCUCAAAUUGCAUUUCUGAGUAUUUCUUUAUUAAAAUCGUUGUGAACUAAGAGCAGACGCAAAAAAAAAAAAAUCUUUUGAAAAAGUCGCAUUUGUGACGUUGAAAAUACGCUGAGCAAGGCCACAAGCUCCAUGCCCCCCCCCCCCCAUUCUGAUGCAUCCACUUGUAGACUACUCCAUUCUUCGCUUUCCUUGUCUGAGUAUAUGGCUCCAAACCAUACGGCUGGAUUUUUGCUGCAUCACUCAUGUUAGGCUGGGGAUGUAAACAGAAAGCUCUCAAAGACUCAUGGCGUCGUCAGAAACCACCGGGGGGAAAUCUCAGGAGUCCAGUUUACACUCUGACGACGCGAGGCGGUCUUUGGGGUCCAGGCUGGAGUCCGGGGAAUCCCCGAUGAGAUCGGCAGGUUCCAUGGCCUCCUGGGAAUCCGAGCUGGCCUCUCUCCAGCACUCCUUGAAGUUUGUGAUGAAGCUGAAGGAGGAGUUCAUCUGUCCCAUCUGCAAAGGAGUCGUUCUCAAUCCCCAACAGAAUUCCUGUGGACACAUCUACUGCUUCCACUGUCUCCAGGGACUUCUAGAGAGCUCUUUGCUGUCCGGUCCUGUUUGUCCGGUGGAGAAAGCUGCCAUCACCCCCUCAGAGGUUUUCCAGGAUAACUGCUGUAAACGUGAAAUCUCCAGCUUAGAGGUCUACUGCACCAACUCCCCACUGUGCACGUCUGUCCUGGCGUUGAACCAGCUACAGGAGCAUCUGAAGUCCUGUCAGUACGAGCAGCUGCUGUGCAGCAACCCGGGCUGCACGGAGCUUCUUCAGAGGAGGCUCCUGCAGGAGCACCUGAACGCCACCUGUCCUCACCGCCGGGAGUCCUGCCCCCACUGCCUGCAGCCGUUCCAGCUCAGCGUCAUCCAGGAUCAUGUGCAAAGCUCCUGUCCAGAGGUGAAGGUGGGCUGUCCUGAUGGCUGCUCCACUCUGGUCCCCAGAAACAGGCUGACGGAGCAUGGCGAGUCUUGUCCUGAGGUUCACACCGACUGUUCCUUCAAGAUGUUUGGCUGCUCUGUGAAGGGUAAAAGAAGGAAAGUGAAGCUGCACGAAGAAGCGGCUGUUUGUCACCACGUGCUGCUCGUCCUGAAGAGCAGCGCUCACCUGGAACAACAGGUGGUGUUUGUCCAGAAGGAGGCGCUGUUGAGGCAGCAGGAGGUUCAGACGGACACCCUGCUUCUGAGUGACCUGCAGGAGCAGCUGGGGUCUGUGCUGCAGCAGAGCAGAAGUCAGGAACACAUCGUCGCCACUGCUCAGAGGACUCUAAGCAGGCAGGAGGACGCCCUGUCUUCUGUCCAGCUGGACCUCCAGCAGGUGUCCUGUGGGAUGGGUUCUGGUCUGGACGAGCUGAGGCGGUUCAAGACAUCUCUGGAUGGAGUGAUGCAGGAACUGUUGGCAGCCGAGACACUCAGAGAGCACAUAGCAACUCUGGAGGAGAAUAGGAAGCGUCACUCGGGUCUCUUGGAGCUCCACGUCGCUCAGCUCGCUCUCAACAAGCAGCACCUGCAGGAGCUUGAGCUGACCUCCUACGACGGCAGACUCAUCUGGAAGAUCAAAGAUUUCCAGAAAAGAAGGGAAGCCGAAGCCACGGGUCAGCAUCCGUGUCUGAGCAGCGUGCCCUUCCACACCGGACGCUGCGGCUACAAGAUGGCCAUGAAGGCCUACCUCAACGGAGACGGGGAAGGACGAGGAACUCACCUGUCCCUUUAUGUCGUUCUGAUGCCCGGAGACUUCGAUGCUCUUCUGCCGUGGCCUUUCAAACAGACCGUGUCUCUGUCUGUUCUGGACCAAAGCGGCGCCAGGAACCACCAGAGUUUUAAUUUCAGGCCUGACCCCACAAACACAUGCUUCCAUCAGCCGGCUGCAGAGUCGGCGAGCAACGUGGCCGUCGGCUUUCCGUGCUUCAUUUCUCUGGAUGCGCUGGAAGCUCCAGGAAAUGCUGUGUACGUCAAAGACGACACGCUGUUUGUCAAGGUGAAGGUGGACACGACGGGCUUGGAGCUCUGAGAACGUUUCAGUCAUAUUUCACUUUGAUGUGACCUGGAUGUAAAACAUCCUUUUUCACUGAGUUUGCAGCUAAAACCAUUUGCAUAAAUGUAUUUUAGUAAAAAGUCCCUUUGAAUGAACAGUUUAAGGUAUAUUCAAGCAUUUAUUCUAUCUUCAUCCCAUCUGCUGACUCCACGUAUAUUUUCAAUCGUCAUUCCGUUGCUGACUGUAGUGUCAUUUUUUUAAAGAUUAUAUUUUUUAUUAUUUCAGUAAUUUAUGCACGAAUAAAUUAUUGCCUGAAUUACAAACAUUAAUAAAAAUAAACAAUUUUAUAAAAUGUA